AACUGUACAGUGACUAUUAAUAAGUGAUGUAUAUUUAAAACCAUAAAUACCAAACAUUACUUUACGUUUUAUACAUUGGUGUCAAACACAAACAAGAAGAAACGUUAUUUUAGUGUUAAAUGUACUUAGUAAUAACAGUAAAUUAUGCAUAAUUACAUGCACCUAAUGCUAUAGCAAAUACAUGUAAGUUAAUAUUACUCAAAUGUAUUACACUGUAACAACAAGGAAAUUGUUCUGUUAUUUUAAAGAGCCCAUAUUAAUGCUUUCUCAUAUGCCUUUUAUUAUGUAAUUAAACAAUAAUUUAAAUACUACACUCUUUUGUUUUCUAUUGAAAGUACUACAGCAUAUAAGAUGUAAGUUUGAUUAACAUUUAAUGCUUAAAAGUGUUAGUCUUUCCCGAGUGGGUACUAGUAAUAAGUUAAUUAUUGUUGUUGAUAAUAUUCCUUCAUCAGCCUUUUUUGCCAUGUGGGCAAAGAUCAUGGAUUUUACCCUCAAAUCCUGUAUGAAGACAAUUUUUCUUUGUCGAGUGCUUCAUCCGUGGUGUUUGUUUCACAUCUUGUCAUCUCAUAAAUGAAAUUAGCAUUGUGUCUGUCUGCCUACAAAAAUGGAGAACACUACAGAGAAACACGUAACCAUCAACAAUCCAGCUGACAUCAGUGUGAUUAUUGGCUACUUUUUGGUGGUUAUUGCAGUAGGAAUUUGGUCUACAUUUAGGACUAAUCGUGGCACCGUAGGCGGCUACUUUCUUGCAGGUCGGACCAUGGUGUGGUGGCCUGUGGGAACGUCUCUUUUUGCGAGCAACAUUGGCAGCGGCCAUUUUGUUGGCCUCGCAGGAACAGCAGCUGCGAGUGGAAUAGCCGUCGGGGGUUUUGAGUGGAAUGCAUUAUUUAUUGUUUUGUUGCUGGGCUGGGUGUUCGUCCCUGUUUAUUUAACCGCAGGGGUGAUUACAAUGCCACAGUACCUCAAGAAAAGAUUUGGAGGGAGUAGAAUUAGCUUGUAUCUCUCUGUCGUUUCACUUUUCCUUUACAUCUUCACAAAGAUUUCUGUUGACAUGUUCUCAGGAGCGGUUUUUAUACAGCAGGCUCUUGGCUGGAAUAUCUAUGUUGCAGUGAUCGCUCUUCUCUGCAUUACAGCACUCUAUACUGUCACAGGAGGACUGGCUGCGCUGAUGUAUACAGAUACUGUCCACUUUGUUAUCAUUGGUGGAGCCUUUGUCCUCAUGGGAUUCUCCUUCUAUGAAGUUGGAGGUUACAACGCCUUACUGGAGAAGUAUAGUUUAUCUUUACCAUCUCAGAGGAUUUCCCUUGACCCUCAGAGGUAUAAUAUCUCUGAACAAUGUUACACUCCACGAGAGGAUGCCUUUCAUUUGCUCAGGGAUCCCACGACUGGGGACUUGCCAUGGCCGGGUGUGUUAUUUGGCAUCGCAAUUAUUGGUAGCUGGUACUGGUGUACUGAUCAGGUAAUUGUGCAACGCUGUUUGGCUGCCCGCACUCUGACGCAUGUAAAGGCAGGAUGUAUAUUGUGUGGGUACCUGAAACUGCUCCCUAUGUUCCUCAUGGUGUUUCCAGGCAUGAUCAGCAGAGUGCUUUACCCUGAUGAAGUAGGCUGUGUGGAGCCAAGCAUCUGUAACAAAGUCUGUGGCACAGAGGUCGGCUGCUCCAACAUUGCCUACCCCAAACUAGUGGUUUCUGUAAUGCCAACAGGUCUCAGAGGUUUAAUGCUGGCAGUUAUGUUAGCAGCUCUCAUGAGCUCACUAGCAUCCAUCUUCAACAGCAGUAGCACCUUGUUCACCAUGGACAUUUGGACUCGUAUCCGGCCUCAAGCUAGAGAUAAAGAGCUUAUGGUUGUUGGAAGGGUGUGGAUACUCUGCAUUGUCGCUAUUAGCAUUUGCUGGAUCCCAGUUGUCCAGGCAGCCCAGAGUGGUCAGCUGUUUGAUUAUAUUCAAUCUGUGACUAGUUACUUAGCUCCACCUAUUGCAGCAGUCUUCUUCCUUGCCAUUUUUGUGAAGAGAGUCAAUGAGUCAGGGGCUUUCUGGGGCUUGAUGGGAGGACUGGUUAUGGGUCUGUGUCGCAUGGUACCCGAGUAUGCAUAUGGCUCAGGAAGCUGCCUCUUUCCAUCCACCUGUCCAAAACUUAUAUGUGGAGUUCAUUACCUUUACUUUGCAAUGCUGCUCUUCUUCUGCACCAUUAUUCUAGUGCUGUUUGUAAGCUACAACACCCCACCCAUAGAGGACAAACAUCUCCAUCGCCUUGUCUUUACCUUACGCCAUUCUAAAGAAGAAAGGGUCGAUCUGGACCAGGAAGAGCAGGAACGAGGAAGGAAAGCACGAAGAGACGCAGAUGAAAAGGAGAAGGUCGUAACUGAUGAGGAUCAAAUUGAACCUGGUGACCGAUCUAUAAUGAUGAAGAUUAUUGGCUGGUUUUGUGGCAUAAGUGAUGCUCAGGCUCCAGAGCCUACAGAAGAGGAAGUGGCAGAAGCAUCAAAACAAUUACCUGACAUAAGUGAAGAACCACUGUGGAAGUAUUUAGUCAAUGCUAAUGCGCUAAUAAUGAUGUCUGUGGCUGUUUAUUUUUGGGGAUACUAUGCAUGAGGAGGAAAUCCUGACCAUAAGACAUAAAUCAGUGUUUCCCUACCCUGGUCUUAGAAGGGCUUUUCACACUGCGCUUAAAGGGUUAGUUCACCCAAAAAUGAAAAUUCUGUCAUUAAUUACUCACCCUCAUGCUGUUCCACACCCAUAAGACCU